AUGCUCGCUGCGAGAAGUGUACUUCGCAUUUUGUACUGGGCUCCGUUUGCUGUUGGGUUUACUCAAUAUUUUUACACAGUAAAAACGAUCAGAGGGAGAAGCAUGCAGGUUCCCAGCCUACUUUCAAUCCUGGACACGUCUGCAUGGAAUGAUGUUAUUAUAUUCGAUCGCUUCUCUGUUAAUUCAGGGAAACCUAUAUUAAGAGGGGACAUUGUCUCCCUGAGAGAUCCCAUUCGCUACAAAAGGACCAUUGUCAAGCGAGUUGUUGCUGUCUCCGGAGAUGUUGUCAAGACCUUGCCACCUUACCUACAACCUGAAGUCCUCGUUCCAGAAGGGCAUAUAUGGUCUCCUCCAGGAGAUGAACCCUUCCACAGUUUAGACAGCAACAGUUUUGGCCCAAUACCCUUGGCACUGGUUGAUGCAAAGUUGCGUUAUAUUGUCUGGCCGCUCCAUCGGUUAGGUUCUUUGAGACGACCUGAAACCAUCGCACGGGAGCGGCAGCAACAGUCAAGAGUGACCAAAGUGGCAUCCACUUCAUGCCGUAACUCCGGAGUUACACAAUCUUCGGACACCUAGUUAUCUCAAUAUGAACUGUCCUGUUCCGAUCAAGCAUGUGCCGAGACGCUAUGCUAGAGCCAACCCAUCCCGCGAAUGGCACACAGGGUAUAGGUAUCUGGUAUCUAGCAUUUGGUCAGCUUCUUGUGUUCUA